ACCACCGCGUAUUUAUCGUAAUCAGAAUGGCAUCAAAGAUAAUUUACUUCACAGUGAAUGGGAGACCCGAACAAGCAGAGUUUCAGAUUGACUCCCCAGCUCAAGAUGUCAAAGACCUGUUCCGGGCAGCGGCAGAGGCUGGACCCCAUGACAUCCUGAAGCUGUACAACACCAAGGGCAACAUCAUCAACAUCUCCCCCCAGCUGGAGUCAAACAGCCCCCACGCCUGCUACAAGCUGGAGGUGGUGGCCGCAGACUGCAACAGGGAGCCGUUCGGUGCAGAGCUUGCAGUUGCUUUAGGAUUUGAUCUUUCCUCCAUGGAGAAAAGGUUACAGAGCCUGGAGAGGAAGAUAUUAAUUGAGGCAGGAGAAACUCCUUCUGUUGUGUAUGAGAUGAAGAACCAGGUGGAGUUGUUCCGUGAGAAACUGGAGAGUGUUGAACAUCUGAGCUGGCUGGGUCUCUUCAAGGAGCUAUCAGACGGGACACACAAACCAUCCCCUUUCUACCACAAGAGGGCGCUGCGCAAGACUCGGGAGGAGUGCGAGCAUGUGCGAGAAAAGUUUCUUCAGAUGAGUUCCCUGGAAGUGACCGAGGAGGUGAGACAGUAUCUCAAAACUCCCACCUUUGACAACUGGCAGUGGGAGGAUGCUGAGAUCAUGGUGCUGCUGCAGGUGAUGUACACAGACCUGGACUUCAUUCCCACCUUCAACAUUGAGCUGGAGGUCCUGCAGCAGUUCCUGUACGAGGUCUACCGUCACUACAACAACAUCCCCUUCCACAACUUCAAGCACUGCUUCUGCGUCACCCAGAUGAUGUAUGGGCUCAUAUGGCUGACUGACCUGAGGAGUAAAAUGGACAGCAUCGACCUCCUGACCAUGCUGACCUCAGCGGUGUGUCAUGACCUAGACCACACCGGUUACAACAAUGCAUACCAGAUCAAUGCACGUACUGAGCUUGCUCUCCGGUACAAUGACAUAUCUCCCCUGGAGAACCACCACUGUGCCGUGGCCUUUGAGAUCCUGGAGAAGACAGAGAGCAAUAUUUUUAGAAACCUGACGACUGAGCAGUAUAAAAGGAUUAGAGAAGGCAUGAUCAAGUGCAUCCUUGCCACUGACAUGACGAGGCACAACGAGAUCCUGAACAAAUUCAAGUCCAUCCUGCCUGUGUUCGACUUCAACAACAAGGACCACAAGGACGUGCUGAUGAUGAUCAUGAUCAAAGUGAGCGACAUCUCCAAUGAGGCGAGGCCCAUGGAUGUGGCGGAGCCCUGGCUGGACUGCCUGCUGCAGGAGUUCUUCAAUCAGAGUGACAUGGAGAAGCUGGAGGGCCUACCUGUGACUCCAUUCAUGGACAGGGACAAGGUGACCAAGCCGUCCUCCCAGACUGGCUUCAUUCGCUUUGUCCUCUUUCCCCUCUUCAUCGAGCUGGCCAACCUUUUCCCCUGUCUGGAGCAACACAUCAUCGACCCGGUACGCAAGGCCCUAGACUACUACACUGAGAUGGAGAAAGCCCUGGACAAAGAGAAGCAGAACCGUGCCCAAAGCGACAAGGCAGGCAAGUCAAAAGAGACGGGAGCUGACUUGCCAAGGGAGCCUGACGUCCCGUCAGAACAGCCAUCAGCCAAUCAGAACCUCUCGAAACCUGGGGGAGCCUUGAAACCGAUUGCACUGUAA